AUGUCCGCUCCAAACAACAUCAGGAUCCGCAAAAAGAAGAAUGUCAAAAAGGGUAUUCAGUUUAGUUUGAUGGUGUGUGGUGCUAGCGGAACUGGUCGCACCACCUUCGUCAACACUCUAUGCGGAAAGCAGGUCCUUCAGGGGAAGGAUGCUGAUGAUGCUGGAAGCGCCCACCUCGAGGAAGGAGUUCGCAUAAAACCAGUUACUGUUGGUAUGCAUAUCUCAACGUACGCUGGACAAGACAACAUCCUCACUGAAGCUAUAGAACUAGAACUUGACGAGGAAGGCACACGCAUUUCUCUCACCAUCGUCGACACCCCCGGAUUCGGCGACCAGAUCAACAACGAGGAGAGCUUUUCUGAGAUCGUUGGAUACCUCGAGCGCCAGUACGAUGACAUUUUGGCCGAGGAGUCGAGAAUCAAGCGUAACCCAAGGUUCCGUGACAACCGUGUCCACGCUCUUUUGUACUUUAUCACACCCACCGGCCACGGUCUCCGCGAGCUGGAUAUCGAACUGAUGAAGCGUCUCUCCCCCCGUGUCAACGUCAUCCCCGUCAUUGGCAAGGCCGAUUCGUUCACACCUGCUGAACUCGCCGAGUCGAAGAAGCUUAUUAUGGAGGAUAUCGAACACUACCGUAUCCCCGUCUACAACUUCCCAUACGACAUCGAAGAGGACGACGAGGAUACAGUUCAGGAAAACGAGGAGUACAGAUCACUCAUGCCAUUUGCCAUUGUCGGUUCCGAGGACGUGCUCGAAAUCGGUGGCCGCAAGGUGCGAGCUAGACAGUACCCAUGGGGUGUCGUAGAGGUCGAGAACCAGCGCCAUUCGGAUUUCUUGGCCGUCCGCAGUGCUCUCCUCCACAGCCAUUUGGCGGACCUGAAGGAGAUUACCCAUGACUUCCUGUACGAGAACUACCGUACCGAGAAACUCAGCAAGAGCGUUGAGGGAGGUGCUUCUGCUGCUCACGACUCUACCAUGAACCCUGAAGACUUGGCCUCUCAGUCCGUGCGCCUGAAGGAGGAGCAACUCCGCAGAGAAGAGGAGAAACUCCGUGAAAUCGAACUCAAGGUACAGCGCGAGAUCAACGAGAAACGACAAGAGCUGUUGGCCCGUGAGAGCCAGCUGAGAGAAAUCGAGGCCCGCAUGCAGCGUGAACAAGCUGCUCAACAGAACCAGGACCCUAACGGAGAAACGGCAUAA